AUUCACCCAAAUAACGAGUAUGUCCUAAAAAUCGGUUCGCUGGCACUUUCGCUGCACGCAAUACCCCGCAGAAUUGGAAGGUCGUCAUAUCAGUCUUGGGGUGCAAAUUGGGACAGUAAAAAGUUGGCGCGCAAUGUAGCGCGAUGCACGUGCAUCCCUUAUCAAUCAUGACACGAAAUUUUUAUACACGCACGGUGGCCGGACCAAACGGAGAAAUCUUCGUUACGCAGAAAACGGAAUAUCUAGGACAAGUACUAGCCUCACUCGCUGUCUCUCUCGGACCAUUAACAGCAGGAUUAGGAAAAGGAUACAGUUCUCCAGCCAUUGCAUCUCUUCAACAAAGCGACGCCGACGCAUUCCCAGUCAGUGGCCAGCAAGCUUCCUGGUUGGCAUCUCUGUCCCUCCUCGGAGCAUUAUUUGGAGCGCCCAUUGGAGGUAUAGCGGUACGUUGGGGAAGACGUAGAACUUUAGUUUUAGCAGGAGUACCUCUUUCUUUCUGCUGGAUAUUAACGCUCUUUGCUGUAAGUGUUGAAAUAAUGUGUUUUUCGGCCUUCAUUAGCGGAUUCUUGGUGGCAAUAGUUCAAUUAAGCGCACAAGUAUACGUAAGUGAAAUAGCUGCGCCUUCAAUACGAGGAGGUUUAAGCGCACUUCUCAAAAUUGCUGGUCAUACUGGAGUAUUAGUUUCGUUCGUAGGUGGAGCGUUUUUGAACUGGAGGCAAUUAGCUGGAUUCAUAUCUCUUGUUCCAGCUCUUAUGUGCAUAAUACUAAUUAAUGUUCCAGAAAGUCCAGGUUGGUUGGUUUUACGUGGACGAGACCAAGAGGCUGAAAAAGCUCUUCGUUGGCUUCGAGGAGAUACUGCAGAUUUACAACUGGAACUUGCCCUUCUCCAAGCUCACGUUCUUACUAGGCCUAUACAAAAAGAUCCAGUAACUCUUUUCCAAAGUUUAAAAAGUCCAGUUUUUAUAGCUUGCGGCCUAAUGUUUUUUCAACGAUUUUCUGGAGCGAAUGCCUUUUACUUCUACGUAGUGAGCGUUUUCAAAGAAACAUUUGGAAAUACUAAUCCGCAUACCGCUGCCGUAGCUGUGGCAGUAGUUCAACUACUGUCGUCGCUAUUGUCGGGUUUGUUAGUAGAUUCUGCAGGUCGGCUGCCACUUUUGGUAGCCUCUAGCGUUCUUAUGACUAUGGCCUUGGCCUCAUUUGGCUCUUUUGCUUAUUAUGAAGAAAUACAUCCAAAAUUAAAUCCUAAUUUGGACUGGAUCCCGCUCCUUUGCGUUCUGGUUUUUACAGUCGCAUUUUCUUUGGGAAUAAGUCCGAUCAGUUUACUUUUGGUGAGUGAAUUGUUUUCUUUGGAACAUCGAGGAUUUGGCACCGCACUCGCAACAGGAUUCAGUUAUUUCUGUGCAUUUGUUGGCGUCAAAACCUUUGUAGAUUUUCAAGAAUGGUUGGGACUGUAUGGCGCAUUUUGGCUGUACGCUUUCAUAUCAAUUUGUGGGCUGUGUUUCAUAGUAUGUUGCGUACCGGAGACCAAGGGAAGGGAUUUAACGGAAAUUGAUACAGGCAGGUGA